AUGGCUAGUGAGACGGAUAUUCGACGCCAUGCCAUGUUCAACGUGCCUCGGCCGUCCGACGAUGACGACGACGACGACGACGCCGACAAAGCUGCACUCUCAUCAGAAGCGCAGUCCAUAGUUCCGGGCGACCCUUACUCAUUGUCUAAGCCAGAAACUCGCCAGUCCGAGCCACCCGAGCACACUUCGGUGCCACCUACUUCCGAGUCUGAACAACGACAAAACAAAUUCCACCGCUUCUCCAUCUUGCGAUAUCGAAACGCCUCCGAUUCACAGCUGUCUUUAAGAGCCAAGAAGCAGGCUGAAGUACCGCCUCCUAUUCCACGGCCACCCGCCAUCAUCACAACUGCGCCUACGAACGAUAUUGUCGGCCCGAAAAAGGUGUCAUCACGUAUGAGUUUGGCUGCAAAGUUUCGCCGUUCCAAUGACAUUCCCAGAAGCAACAAUCACCAUGUCUCCGUGGCCACCAUGCGCAGGGGAAACCACUUUGCUGAUGAUCGAGAUUAUGCGUCCACAGUGGAGUCGUACAAUCGUCAGUCGGAAUCUUCGAGGUCUGAUGCCAGCUCUGGCGAUCAUGCCUCCUAUUCAAGUCCAGCCACAACCCCGAAGAAACCUUCCUCUAGCACGCCAUUUUUCAAACUUCGCAAAGCCAAGAAGCCUCCAGAACCUUUGUUCCCUCUAGCUCACCUUCAGCAAAAGAAUUUACUCAAAGAUGGGAAUCUCUCGUCAGCGUCCCUUGGCACAGAUGUCGCUCCUCGCCCAGCAUCGUCACACAGUGCCACCACCCCUCAAGCCUCCAAUGGUGGUGGAGACGGAAACCAAAUGGCACAGAGCGUUGCUGCCUCAGCAUUGUUCGCCAGAGGAGGGGGGCAGCGCUCUGGUCAGUCAUCGCCUACACGAACAAAUCUACUCAGAGGUCGGUCGUCUACCAUGAGUUCGGCGGGCAGAGACUCGACCGAUGAUCAUCUGUUGCCUCCAACUGCCCGUACAUCUACAUCCACUGGCCGCAAAAGCUUCGGUGACUUGUUUGGGCUUGGUCGGAUCAGACAAAAUUCUGAACUCAGUCGACAAGGAACCUUGACACCAGGCACCCCUGGCUCAAUAACGUCCAAGAGCAACUCGUUGCAAUUGCCCAGAGAUUCGCUCGUCCUGCCAGAACGCCAGGGCAAUGAAACUCCUGCGAAAUACCUGGCUCGUCUGGAAGGUGUGGUGAGCCGAGGGAUUAUUGCAUCGGCCUUGUCAAAGGGGACUGACCCAUUUUCUGCUGCCGUACUCAGAAGUUACAUGCGGAGCUUCAGUUUCUUCGGGGAUCCGAUGGAUAUGGCUAUUAGAAAGUUGCUGAUGGAGGCCGAGCUACCCAAGGAGACUCAGCAAAUUGACCGAUGCUUGCAGGCAUUUGCUAACCGCUAUCACGAAUGCAAUCCUGGCAUCUACUCAUCUCCAGACCAAGCUUACUUUAUAGCAUUCUCACUGCUCAUACUACACACGGAUGUGUUCAAUAAGAAUAACAAGCACAAGAUGCAAAAGUCAGAUUAUUUGAAGAACACCCGGGGGGAGGGUAUAUUUGAUGAAAUUCUUGAAUGCUUUUACGACAAUAUCUCGUACACCCCUUUCAUUCACGUCGAGGAUGAUCUGGAUCCGACAAAUGACCGCAUGCAAACCCACAAGUCCAAGAAGAAGUUGCUUCUUUCUGCAAAUGGCGGCGACCCUUCAAAGCGCGCCGCGAAGGAGCCUAUUGACCCUUACACGCUCAUUCUGGACGGCAAUCUAGAUGCGCUGCGACCAAAUUUGAAGGAGGCUAUGCACUUGGAUGAUCAUUAUAAUUAUUUAGGGACUGCAACUUCCUUCAACCUGAAGGAUCUGCAAAACACCUUUUUCAAAACCGGCGUCCUCCAGAUUGUGUCACCCAGAUCACGGCCUGACGCGUUCAUGUCGGAAAAGACUGCCACAAACCCCAACGAUGCUCAUCCCGGAAUAGUGGAUAUCAAAGUCACAAAAGUUGGCUUGUUGUGGCGCAAGGAUGCCAAAAAAAGGAAGACACGUUCGCCGUGGCAGGAAUGGGGUGCUAUCUUGACUGGGGCCCAAUUGUACUUCUUCCGAAAUACAAGUUGGGUGAAGAAUCUCAUUCAUCAGUAUGAGGGCCAUAUCAAAAGUGGGCAUGAUGGUAUACCAAUUAUAUUCAAGCCCCCGCUUGAAGAGUUCAAACCAGAUGCGUUGAUGUCCACACAUGCCGCUGUGGCGCUCGUCGACACUACAUACAAGAAACAUAAAAACGCUUUCUUAUAUGUCCGUCAAGGUGGCUUAGAUGAGGUGCUUUUGGCGGACAGUGAGGAAGAACGCAACGACUGGCUGGCCAAGCUCAACUACGCUGCUGCAUUCAGGACGUCCGGGAUUCGGAUGCGCGGUGUGGUAGGAGCCAACUUUGAUGGCCAAGCCCGCCGAGGUAUGCGUCGCCUAGACAGCUCUGACGCGACACAACUAAUAGAAACCCCCACUGGAACGGUUUCAAUCGCACGGGGUUAUAUUGACCGCAAAAUGGCCGAAGAUAUACAGGCAGCAAGACGUCAUGGCAUGCACCAGAAGAUAUGCGAGGCCGAGAAGAAGGUUGAAGGAAGUCAGAAGCUGUUGGAAGAGCAGUUGAGGAAUGCCAGGCAUCUCCAGCUUCUGGCGCCGAUCCAGCCACGAACACGGGAACAGCUCUUGCUGGCUGCAGCUCGCAUGUCUGCGCAGCUUAGGUGGACUCGUAUGGAAAUUUGGCGCGAGAAAUGUCACCGGGAUAUUCUCAUCCAAGAUCUUGCAGACGACGAAGUCCCCUUACUACGUUCUGCUUUGCAGUCGGAUUCACAGAGUGCUUCGUCAGCCCCACAUCCCUUGUUGACUCGGUUGGAAUCGAAACCCAAACACCAAACCGUCGACGGGAAUAGCCCCCAAACACCCUCAGAAAACAUAAUAUCUCAGACUCCGAGUACUGUCAGUACCGCCGUCAACGACAUCGAGCCUCCCGCCAUACCGAGCGUCCCCCAAACGCCCCCACAAUCUGUCGUUCAGGAGCCCCGGCGUUCGAAACCCGAGACAACGAGUCUGAGACGUGGAUCAAUCUCAAGUAUUGCCACGGCUGCAGCACAACCUUCAACCCCAGCGCCUCGCGCCAAUGCUUCUCAGGAUGACGAGAUUGGUAGUUCGUCGAGGACGCCGGAGACUGGCCAAGAUGAUGUGGAUGCCGAUGAAAGGGACUUCUUGAGACAAGCCGGGUUGUGGGAGGCAAAAUCAAGACGGGCUUCUUUAGAAAGAACACCCAUGUCUACAGUUACGGAAGGCACCGAGUACUCAGUCACGACAGAGCGAGACAGGAUAGAGAGAAGCAAGAUUCGAAGAAGUUUGCAGCGAACUCUGAGGGAGAGUGCAGGUCAUCUUUCCCAUCACCGCAGCAAGAGGGGCAAAGACACAGGACCACCGGUUGCUGGCUCCGUGGAUGACGGGAUACGGGAAACGACUUUAUCCCGUGGAGCUGGUAGCUUUGUCGUUCACGGUAAAAAGGCCUCGGUGAUCAAUUUGGGCACGGAGCUGCAGACAAUGUCUCAAGAAGACAAGAUUAUGACCCGGAAACAGCACCAGUUAUUGCAGCAAGACCAGCAAGAAGAGCUAGCUACCCCUAUUUCGGGCAACGACAACCCCGAGGACGAUUUCCGCUCUGCAUUAGAAACCCCGUCUGGAUCGAAUGGCACGAGCAGCAGGAGGGACUCGGUAGCUAGUACAAGCACCGCCACCGCUCGCAGUUUCAGAGAUCUCCACAGGAGAUAUUCAUCAGCACAGGCAGCUAGGAGCGUUUCCGGUGGACGACUUGCAAUCCCAUCCGAUGGCGAAAGUGAAGUCUCCCCCAGCGUCCGCGAUGAACAGAAAUCACCUCAGUCAACAUCAGAAGCGCAGCGAGAGGGCUUGGAGGUGGAGACAUGUCCACAGAUGAGCGAGGGUUUGACCCUAGACCAGAAACAGGAAGGAGAAGUCAGUGGGAGCGACGAGUCGAGUAGUUGCGACGAAGGUACACGGUUUGAGCAUGAGACCCAAUCAACUCAACCCACUCAGGUUGUGAGGCUCUAA